UGGGGACACAAGCAAUAAACAAGCAAACACAAAUCAGCAAUAUAAUUUCAGGUAGAGGUGUUUUCCUCUCUCGACCAGAAACGGUGCUGUCCUGGCGUUUCUGAAGUUUCUUCCGAAUCCCACAUGCCCCUCGAAGCCCCCGCGGACUCGUGCCAGCGGGCCGCCGCAUGCGCAGUAGCACGACGUGCUCGGCGAUGAGGAGGGGGAUGAGUUUUCCGUAACCUGAAGCUACAUCCUCCUGAUUCCUCAUUAAAGAAAAAGGCGGGAACUAGUCAAAACCCGGGGAGUGAUGGGACGCUCGGAGCUGCUCGUCCCGCCCGUUUCGGCCUCUCAUUGGUGAAUGUCCGCGGCUCAUGUCAGAGGAGCCCGCCUGAUUGGCUCUCAGGCUCUAGGGGUGCAGCCCUCCAGCGCCGACCCCGCCUCCUCCAGCUGCCGACGUGGGGCGGGCAGCAGCCGGCGUUUGGGAGCCGCCGCCUCUGUGCGGAGCGGGAGGCGGGCAUGGGGGGGCUGCGGCUGCUGGCAGUGGCCCUCACGUGCUGCUGGUGGCCACAGGGCAGCCAGGGUAAGACCCUGCGGGGCAGCUUCAGCAGCACCGCGGCCCAAGACGCCCAGGGCCAGCGCAUCGGCCACUUCGAGUUCCACGGUGACCAUGCUCUUCUGUGUGUCAGAAUCAACAACAUAGCAGUAGCUGUUGGAAAAGAAGCUAAACUCUACCUGUUUCAAGCUCAGGAAUGGCUAAAGCUACAGGAAAGCAGUCAUGGUUAUAGCUGUAGUGAAAAAUUAUCCAAAGCUCAGUUGACAAUGACCAUGAACCAGACUGAACAUAAUCUGACAGUGUCCCAGAUUCCAUCUCCGCAAACGUGGCAUGUGUUUUAUGCAGACAAGUAUACAUGCCAAGAUGACAAGGAGAACUCUCAGGUGGAAGAUAUCCCAUUUGAAAUGGUGUUACUAAACACAGAUGCUGAAGGGAAUCCAUUUGAUCAUUUUAGUGCUGGAGAAUCCGGGUUACAUGAGUUCUUUUUCCUCCUAGUCCUAGUGUACUUUGUGAUUGCUUGCAUUUGUGCUGCAUUGUGGCAGGCUAUUAAGAAAGGAGGACCCAUGCACAUGAUUUUAAAGGUUCUGACAACUGCAUUGCUGUUACAAGCUGGUUCAGCUUUAGCUAAUUACAUUCAUUUCUCCAGUUACUCCAGAGAUGGAAUAGGGGUACCAUUUAUGGGAAGUUUGGCAGAAUUUUUUGACAUCGCUUCCCAAAUUCAGAUGUCAUACCUACUUUUGAGUCUAUGCAUGGGUUGGACAAUAGUCAGAAUGAAGAAGUCUCAAAGCAGACCUCUUCAGUGGGAUUCUACUCCUGCGUCCACUGGAAUUGCAGUAUUCAUUGUCAUGACACAGAGUAUUUUGCUACUUUGGGAACAGUUUGAAGAUACCAGUCAUCAUAGCUACCAUUCACACCACAACUUAGCAGGGAUCCUCCUAAUCAUUCUAAGAAUUUGCCUAGCAUUGUCAUUAGGCUGUGGACUCUAUCAGAUCAUCACAGUGGAGAGAAGUACGCUCAAAAGGGAGUUCUACAUCACAUUCGCCAAAGGCUGUAUCUUGUGGUUUUUAUGCCAUCCAGUUCUUGCAUGCAUUUCUGUCAUUUUUAGUGACUACCAAAGGGACAAGGUUGUUACAAUAGGCGUUAUCCUUUGCCAGUCCGUUUCCAUGGUUAUUCUCUACAGACUCUUUCUAUCUCACAGUCUAUACUGGGAAGUUUCUUCCCUUUCCUCAGUAACACUACCACUGACCAUAUCAUCUGGACACAAAAGUCGCCCUCAUUUCUGAUACUUGAUUUUUGUUGAGAGGAAAAGUGAAUUGGUUAAAAUUUUGAGUGCAAUAAGGAUCCAAAUACAGUGACUUUUUGUCAUACAUUUGGUGUGAAAACUUGAAAAGCGAAAGCAGAGCAUGUUAUUUAUAUAACUGCAUUUAAGCAGUACCAAAACUGAAAAAAAAGGUAAUAAAUGAAAUGUUCUGAAAUGUACUUAAACAGACUUUGAAGAAAGUGUUGUUAUAAAAUGAUUGAAGCAAUUUCUAUAUGGAAAUAAAUGUGAAAAAUAACUAUAUGAUAUUUUGGUAAAAUAUUCACCACUUAUAAUGCCUCAUCUUAAUAGCUAACUCAGGUUUAAUAGUCUUACAAAAAGUAAUCAGUUAAAUGAUUACUUGCUUAUACAUAUCUAAACUAGUCCAGUUAUGAAAUCAGUGUAAUACCCUGAUUUUAAAAAGUGCUGCUUUUUAUGCUUUAAGGAAAAUACAUUUCAUAUUUGAAUUUAAAGGAAUUGAAAUUACUUCAGGAGAUGAAUAUAAAAUAUGUUCACAGUUAAAUGAAUAGGCUUUUGUUUAUAUGGGGGUGGAGUUAUUCUCCAUUUUUUUCUGCCAUUUUUGGCUCUAGUUCAGGUCUUAGCUUGAUUAGCAAAGGUUUUCGACAGUUUAUGAAAAAAUAAAACUUAAAUACAUUACAUGGGUUGUAAGGACAAAGGAUUUUAAAAUCUGGGCACUUAGGUGAAGGGACAAGCAGGUUUAUGUGUUUAAAAAGAGAGGAGGGAAAAGGUACUAUGUGAUACAGUACUAAAAUUUUAAUCCCAAUAUAAUUCAUUUCUCUUACAUUGAAUCCCCAAUCAUAAUUAAGCCGUAUACACAGAUUAAAUUAACAGAAGCAUUUCCCAUAAAUGUUGGUUUCAGUCAUCAACUACCCAUGAAUUCCUGCCCAAGGAUACUUAAUCAGGAUUAAAUUUUCUAUGAAUAAUUGAAAAACAAAACACUCACUGGAUUUGUUAUAAUCCGUGUUGGCACUGGAUUCUAAGUAGUUGCCAUCUUGAAUCCUUUGUAAUAAAGCCAUACUUUUGUGUGUGCGUGAUGCCCCAGUAUUGAGUAUGCUAGCUAAAAAAUAUCAAGUGCCUGAUUAAAGAAUUGCUAAAUGGUUGUCGAUACUUGCUGUACAAAAUAAGUGUUCCCAUUAAUAGUCACUGAUUGGAAAUUAUUCCGUUGCUCUUUGUCAGGCUGUUGAGGACUUUUUCUUUUUACUCUGGCUUAUUUUAAAAAUAUUUUUAUCUACUUUAAGCAAGAAACAGUGCACUGAUCUGGUAGUUAAAAUCUUUUAAUAGCUAAAAUAAUGUAGUGCAGCUUAAAAAAUAUCUAUGGCUUUGUCUUUGUUUUUCCCUUGCACCUAGUCUCAUUGGAAAUAACUAGUAUUCUGCAUCAUUUUCAGGUCAGAAUAUGGGUUUGUGACUUGCAAAAUGACAAAGUUACAAAGUUCGACCUGCUUAUUAAAUCAUUUCUCUAUUAGUUCUUUGUAAAUCAUUUAGUAAAUUAGAGCUACAGGUUAAGACUAGAAAGUCUGAGUUAUGUUUUAGGUUUACAUGAUCGUCUGAGUGGCCAUAACCUUUUCUUUUAUCAUGUCUCACUAAUAACCCCAGCUAUUGCCUGUUGUGUGUGUUCAGCUGAGAUGCAGUUAAUUAAGCAAAAAAGGAAAAAGGUGAAGCCUUUUCAUAAAUUUUGUGAACUUGCCAAAAGGGGAAGAGAAGAAUCUUUGUAUUACUUUAUUCAAAGAACAUAAAUGACGGAAUUUAACGUAAAUGAAAUUUAUUACUCUGCUUGCAUUUAUGAAACAAGUUUUUUGAACUUUAAUUCUUAAAUUUAUGGUUGAAAUUGCUGAUAGUUUAUUUUGUUAUUCAAGAGCCAUUGUUAAGUGGAGGAAAGUAGUCGUUAAUAAGCGUAUAAAAUUGUUCUUGACUAGUUAUCAGGGACAAAAUUUAUAGUUCAUAAGUCAUGACACAGUAUUCCCUCUUUUUCUGAAUGUUUACAUUGAGAUUCAUCACUGCAGAUUACAGAAAGUUAAGUGUAUACUACAAACUCUAAAGAUAAAAAUAUUUUCUAUUUUGCCAGAUAAUGCUUUUUUAUGUGUUUUUACAUUUUUUUAAAAGAAGAUGAAUGGUUUAUCCAGAGCUUUAUUAAUGAACGUUUCUUUUCUUCCCUUAAAAAAUAGAUGUUUAUUUUUAUUGAUGUGUGUAUAAUGAGAUGGGUGCCUACUGUGAUGCAUCAGGCAUUUUACUUUCAUUAUUAUUAAUCUCUAAUAGCCAAGCUCCCAUUUAACUGAGUAUAAGAGAGAAUAAAUGAUUUGUCUAAGGUCACCAAACUAGUUUUUCCACUUUACCUUCAUGAUUUAAUGAACACGUAUUAGCUGUGUUUUAGUGAGAAUGAAUUGCUAUCCAUAAUUUUCGCUGUUGAUGUGAACAUUAAACCUGGAACUAUGCUGAAAUCAGAAAAUGAGCUUGAAUACCUGUAAGACCUCAGCACACUUCAGUAUUUGAACCUGGCUUUUAGUCAGAAUUACCAGCAGGAGCGUUAAUCAAGGAAGAAGACCUUGCUUUAGGGUAAUUGUUUAUGAUCUCCAGUAAAGUAAGUCACAUCUGAUGAACACAGGAGAUACACAAACCUGAGACCAUCUCUAAAAUAAUGAGACUAGAACCUAUCUAUCGACAUGAACCUGGGCUCCUUCAACAUGUUUCUUCUAGGAGACUGCACGUUCUUUGGAAAUUGGAAACCUGGAAUUGUCUGUGAAACAUUUUCUUAAAUAGCUUCUGUGGUACCAAAUCAUGAGGUUGUUUUUGAGAAUUGAUAUGAUUGUCAGAAGUAGCCAGAUCCGGAGAGGUAAUACUGUUUUUUUCUUCCAACAUGUAUUUGUGAACUGAGAGUGAAAUAAAGAGAUUGGUUUUCCUCUGUGAUCUGAAAAUAGUGUGAUAGAAGCACUGCAGCUUGAUCUCUUUCAGUAGCUCUCUAAGUAAUAUUACUGCUUCCACACUUGGGUGGCUUUCUGCCCAGCUCCAGGGGGUCAUAUGUAUUGUGCUGUAAGGAGUGCCAUGAAGCCUGGAGGUGAGGAAAGAAGUGUUUCUGCCCACUAGGGCCAUUCUCCCCAGUGUAGCCAAAACAAUCUCUUAAAAGUGGAAAUCAUCUGGAUGAUAAGCAUACAGAAAUUCUUUGUGCUAAUCUUACAACUUUUUUGUAACUUUGAAAUUAUUUCAAAAAGUUUUAAAAUCAUAUAAAUCAGAUCAAACUACCACUACGUCCCUGAUUUAAAAACAAAACAAAACAAUACUCCGUUUGGCUCUCAUUGCACUUAGGAAAAAGUCCUUGUUCAUUACCAUGUUCUGCAAGGCCCAUAUGAUCUGGUUAUCUCUUAAUUUGUACCACUCUCUCUCACAUAUAUCCCAGCCUCAGAUACUUGGCACUAGCCAUAUUCUCUGUCUAGGACAUUCUCUACCAUGGCUGAAUCCUCAUCCUUCAGGUUCUCAGCUCAGAUGAUGUCUUUUAGAGAACUCACACCAUCUGUGGUGGAUUUAUAUGGUGCAGGUUAGUCAACCUGGAGAUGUGUUCCCCAGAAUUCUCUCCAUGUAUAAUUUGAGGACAAUGUGGGCCAUAAGAAAGGUUUGAUACAAGAUAAAGAAAGCAGAAGUAAAGCAGCAGCCAGAUCUGAAUUCUCUUUUUAAGUGGAAGGACCAAACAAGUCACAAGGCACUGUUGCAGCUUAUCCACAUUAUUGUUUAUCUGUUGGCUCAUCUUGGCCUGUGGGACAACCGUCAGGCCCACAGCAACACCAGCUCCUGUUGGAAUGCCUCCUCCAGCUUCUCUGGCUCCUGAGUCAGGGGUGCAUUUUACUCUGACAAAGGGUGCCAGCUUCCGCUGGACAACCCCCUCAUUCAUACUGGAGGGUUGGAGGCAGUAAGAGACCUGUAUGGCUUCCAGUCCAUCCUCACAAGUUCCACUCUGUUCCCACAGGUUCUCAUCUUAGCAGGUUCCUUGCUUCCCCCAUUUCCCAUGUCUUCCCUUUCCAGCUGACAAACACAAAAGAAACAGCCUCCUGUAAUUCCUGUAAGUCCCUUAUUUUGAAUAUUAAGAUGUGUGUAUGUGUGUUUGAUUCUAGUGGUUCUUUUCUGGUCAGACCCUGAUUAACAUACCAUCCUAUCUAAUGCUAUUCCCCAAUCCUAGUUCUAUCAUAUUAUCCCCUUUCUUCUUUGUUGUACUUAGCUGGUUUAUCUUUGUCAUCUCUCUAGAAUGUAAAUUUUAAGCGAGUUUGUCUCUUGUUUAUUGCUGUAUGCAUAAUACUAGGACAAUCCCUGGUGAAUACUAGAUGCUCAAAAACAUUUUUGAGUGAAUGAAUGAAGGUCAUGCUGAAAAAGUUUCAAAUCUGUACUUAGCAGUGUAGUAUCAAUUAAAUAAUAGAACCGCCCAUAGUGACUUCAGUAAUGCCUUGUCUGUUCUUGUUCAGUUGUAUGGAACUUGAUAUUGUGUAAAAAUCUUGACUAGUCAAGUAGUUGUUAUAAAACAUCCAUUACAAGAGGAUUUCUCAAGUUUUCACAGAAGCAGUUUCUCUUUAUUUUGCAUAGUCCUGUAAUAGGGCCAUGUGUCUUGUUUCUUGGCCUGCCACAACUAGAUACACCAAUUUAAAAGAGAAGUUUCUAGUCAGCUAGAGGAGGGAACGUUGACAGUAGUCGGAAGCAGCUGGGAAAAGAUAGAAAAACUGGAAAUGACAGUAACACUCAAAUUGCAGCAGCCUGGGGUCAUUUAGUGUAGGUGAAAGCAGCCCUGUGUAUCUCAGUAGACUCUUAAGAGCUUUAUUGUUCAAUAUAUUUAUGACAGUGACCGAUAGUAAUCAAGAAAAUAUUAAGUUAUAAAUUAGGCUUAGUAACCUCAAAGAGGUAUGCUAAAACCUUGUAAUGUUUUCUUCUUGUUAAACAGGUAAUGUAUGCACGUUGUACAAAAACCAGAAAGUUGAAAAAGGUGGAGAAAAGUCCUCCCAGUCAUUUCCUGUCCCUGGAUCUAACCUCUGUUACCAGUUAUCUUUAGAAAUGGCCCCACGCACGUAUAAACAUAUGUAUAUAUGAAACACAAAUUAUAGCAUAGCAUACAGACUUUUGCACAUUCAGCAAUUUAUUCUGUAGCUGUACCUACAGAAUUGUCCCAUUUUUUUCACUGAUUGCAUAGAACUCCAUUAUAUGGAUGUAUUUUGAUUUUUUUUAAAGAAUCAGUUCUGUUACUGGAUGUUGUUGGUUUCCAGUCUUUUGCUAAUACAGACAAGGCUGAAAUUAAGACUGUAAUCAAUAAUUUGCCAAGGCUCCUCCCCUCCUCUCAAACUGCCUCCACUCCAGCUUCCAGGUCUAGAUCCUUGUGAUUUUCUAGGUGAUAGAAGUAUCUUGUUAUUCAUAGUGAGCUCUGAUAAUUAUGCCUAGAAGAUGACUCAGAUAGGCACUGGCCACACCAGAAGACAAACCAUUGGAUUAGAGGGUUGGAGUUUUGAGUCAUAUGAUAUUAGCCUAACCUCUGAGGUGGAGGGAGGGGCUUGAGAUUUGAGUUCAGCCUUAUAUAGUGAUUGAGUCAAUCAGUUAUGCCUGUAGUGAAACCCGGAGAGAAGCUCUGGUCAGUGAUGCUCAAGUGAACUUCCCUGGUUGGCAACAGUCUGCAUGUUCUAGGAGGGUGAUGUUUCCCCAAAGACACAGAAACUUUGUGUUUGGGAUCCUCCUACACCUUGUUCUAUGUAUAGCUUUUUUUGGCUGUUCUGAUUUGUAUCCUUUUGCUAUAAUAAACUAUAAUUGUAUGCAUA